AUGAACGACCUCUUCUCAACAACGUCAUUCAAGAAAUACACAGACCUGAAACGCCAGGCUGAAAUGGACGACAUGGAAGCCGGAAUAUCAUCCGGAACAGAAGCCGGCAAAGAGAGCGUCAACCUCGACAAGUUCUUCGAAGACGUGGAGAACAUUAAAGACGACAUCCGUGGCCUAGAUAACCUCUACCGCCGGCUCCAAGAAUCCAAUGAAGAGAGCAAAACCGUCCAUAAUGCUAAAACAAUGAAGGAACUACGUGCUCGCAUGGACGCCGACAUCGAACAAGUGUUGCGCAAGGCCAAGGCAGUUAAAGGCAAGCUUGAAGCACUAGAUAGGUCGAAUGCGGCAAACCGGAAAGUCCCCGGUUGUGGACCAGGCUCAUCGGCGGACAGAACAAGAACUUCCGUUGUGGGAGGGCUUGGGAAGAAGCUGAAAGACUUGAUGGAUGAGUUCCAAGGAUUAAGAGCAAGGAUAGCAGCAGAGUAUAAAGAGACAGUUGGGAGAAGGUAUUUCACUGUGACAGGACAACAAGCGGAUGAAGGGACAAUAGAGAAUUUGAUAUCAAGUGGAGAGAGUGAGAGUUUCAUGCAAAGGGCAAUACAGGAGCAAGGGAGAGGACAGGUGAUGGACACCAUAUCGGAGAUACAAGAAAGGCAUGAUGCGGUGAAGGAGAUAGAGAAGAGUUUGUUGGAUUUGCACCAGGUGUUCUUGGAUAUGGCCGCGUUGGUAGAGGUGCAAGGUCAGCAGUUGAAUGAUAUUGAGAGUCAUGUUAUGCAUGCCAGCUCGUUUGUGAGGAGAGGGACUGUGGAGCUGGAGACGGCGAGGGAGUAUCAGAAGAGUUCUAGGAAGUGGAUGUGCAUUGCUGUGCUGCUUGGGACUGUGGUUGUUGCUAUCAUGCUCUUUCCCGUUAUAGUUAAUAUCAUGAAUCUCAUGUAA